GUUAAUUCAAAUAAGUCUGUCAGCAUUCUUGCGGCAGUCUGUGGAAGGAGAGUACAUAAGAUACGAAGCAAGGAGCAGCCAGGCAAUAAUGGAAGACUACUUGAAAAUAGAGAAAAUUGGAGAAGGCACCUAUGGGGUGGUGUACAAGGGCAGGCAUAAGGCCACAGGCCAGGUUGUGGCUAUGAAGAAGAUCCGUCUGGAGAGUGAAGAAGAAGGGGUCCCCAGCACUGCUGUCAGAGAGGUCUCUCUGCUUCAAGAACUGAAGCAUCCCAACGUUGUACGUCUCCUUGAUGUCCUGAUGCAAGAGUCUCGUCUCUACCUCAUCUUUGAGUUCCUGUCCAUGGACCUGAAGAAGUACCUGGACUCUAUCCCAUCUGGCCAGUGCAUGGACCCUAUGCUGGUGAAGAGCUACCUUUACCAGAUCUUGGAGGGCAUUUAUUUCUGUCACUGUCGUCGGGUCCUCCACCGGGACCUGAAACCCCAGAACCUCCUCAUCGACAACAAGGGAGUUAUCAAACUGGCAGACUUUGGUCUCGCUCGGGCCUUUGGUGUUCCUGUUAGGGUCUACACCCAUGAGGUUGUAACUCUUUGGUACCGGGCUCCAGAGGUCCUCCUGGGUUCACCUCGAUAUUCAACCCCUGUCGACGUUUGGAGCACUGGCACCAUCUUUGCUGAACUGGCCACCAAGAAGCCUCUGUUCCAUGGAGACUCUGAGAUAGACCAGCUCUUCAGGAUCUUCAGGACGCUGGGAACUCCAAACAAUGAUGUGUGGCCUGAUGUCGAGAGCCUACCUGACUACAAAAACACCUUCCCUAAAUGGAAGUCUGGCAACUUGUCAUCAAUGGUGAAAAACCUGGACAAGAAUGGCCUGGACCUACUGGCGAAAAUGUUGACCUACAAUCCUCCCAAGAGGAUCUCAGCGCGCGAAGCUAUGACUCACCCUUACUUUGAUGACUUGGACAAAUCCACCCUGCCUGCUGCCAGCAUCAACAAAAUCUAAAACACCUCACAUAACCUCACAUACAAACACACUCAUGCCCAUUGUGAAUUAUCAUUCUGUAAAUACUUGUGUGUGAAUUUGUUGUAGACCUUUAGUAAAAUGUUGUCUCUCAGCAAUGUCUUUUCAAUAAAACUGCACUUUCUGUGAUUCUCUACACUUCAAACUUAUGUUUAAUGUAUAUUUCCUGGAACUGACGGCUUGACAUACUGUAAGUUGUACAAGUUCUCAAAUGGUAAAAGAUGCUGCAUCAUGCUACGGGCAUUACCCUUUUCAUGAGCCAGGACACAAAUGAAACCUGGAUGAAUUAAGGCCAGUCUGCUUCAGGUGUGGGUUUAACAAAAAACAACAUGGGUUUCCCAUGUGCAUAUAUGCCACUUUGAAAAAAGAUCAUGAUGUUAUCAUAGCAGGGGGACCUAAAUAAGAUGAUGUGUAGGAGAGCAGCCAGAGAUGGUUAGUGCUGCGCUGUAAUAGUAUAGUAGUUUAAUGUUUCCUCUCUCUCCAUCAUUGCUGCUCAACAUUCA